AUGUCACUGACCACAAGUCGAUCCGCUCAGUUCGACCCUCUGCCCAAUUCAAACCGAAAUCGUGGUGUUCCCAACAACUCGUCAACUCAUUCUUUAGCUACUCUGAACAAUAACCAUACUUCUCAUCACCCAUUACCACCUCCAUCGCUUGAACCACUCCGUGAAACUACCCCAUUGACCAACGGUGGUGGAAAGUACAAAAAAGUUACUGUACCUGUUCCUGACCCUACAAGACGACUACGCCAAUCUAUUCCACCUACCUAUUCAUCGUUUCCGUUCACCACACUCGCCUAUGAUACUUUUGAAUGGUGUUGGGGGACACGAGAAGCUUCAAGACGUGACAACAGUUGCUCUAAGUGCUUAAUCUAG